CCGAGGAGGAGGAGGAGGAGGAGGGUCGCGCGGGAGGAGGCUGAACCCCGCGCAGCCAUGCUGAAUCACCGCGGCUGAGCCGACCUCCCCGGGGCCGCUGGGAGAAGCCGAGCCCGGGAUCCGGGUCGGGUCGCAAGCACGGCUCGGCGCCCGCCGCCCCUGCCCCAGCCGGGGCCCGGCGCUAUGGAGGGCGAGAGCAUCAAGCCAAGUUCCCAGCCAUCGGUGCAGGCUGGAGAUGACGAGAAGAACCAGAGGACCGUCACCGUCAACCCUGCCCAUAUGGGGAAGGCCUUCAAGGUUAUGAACGAACUGCGGAGCAAGCAGCUGCUGUGUGACGUGAUGAUUGUGGCGGAAGAUGUGGAAAUUGAAGCUCACCGGGUGGUCCUGGCAGCCUGCAGCCCCUACUUCUGUGCCAUGUUCACAGGCGACAUGUCUGAGAGUAAAGCCAAGAAGAUAGAAAUCAAGGACGUGGACGGGCAGACGCUCAGCAAGCUGAUCGACUACAUCUACACAGCUGAAAUCGAAGUGACAGAGGACAACGUGCAGGUACUGCUCCCGGCCGCCAGUCUGCUGCAGCUCAUGGACGUUCGGCAGAACUGCUGCGACUUCCUGCAGUCUCAGCUGCAUCCCACCAACUGCCUGGGCAUCCGCGCCUUUGCAGACGUGCACACCUGCACCGACCUUCUGCAACAGGCCAACGCUUAUGCAGAGCAGCACUUCCCAGAGGUGAUGCUGGGGGAAGAGUUUCUUAGCCUAACUCUGGACCAGGUGUGCAGCCUGAUCUCCAGCGACAAGCUGACUGUCUCCUCAGAAGAGAAGGUAUUUGAAGCCGUCAUCUCUUGGAUCAACUAUGAGAAGGAGACCCGCCUGGAGCACAUGGCCAAGCUCAUGGAACACGUCCGACUCCCACUCUUGCCUCGGGAUUACCUUGUUCAGACUGUGGAAGAGGAAGCUUUGAUAAAGAAUAACAACACCUGUAAAGACUUCCUCAUUGAGGCCAUGAAAUACCACCUGCUUCCCCUGGACCAGAGGCUCCUGAUUAAGAACCCCAGGACAAAGCCCCGUACUCCCGUCAGCCUGCCCAAGGUCAUGAUCGUGGUUGGAGGCCAGGCGCCCAAGGCCAUCCGCAGCGUGGAGUGCUAUGAUUUUGAGGAGGACCGGUGGGAUCAGAUUGCCGAGCUUCCUUCCAGACGAUGCCGGGCAGGUGUGGUGUUCAUGGCCGGCCACGUGUAUGCCGUGGGGGGGUUUAACGGCUCGCUACGGGUGCGGACGGUGGACGCGUAUGACGGCGGGAAGGACCAGUGGACGCCCAUCGCCAGCAUGCAGGAGCGCCGCAGCACGCUGGGCGCCGCCGUGCUCAAUGACCUGCUCUACGCCGUGGGAGGCUUCGACGGCAGCACUGGCCUGGCGUCAGUGGAAGCCUACAGCUACAAGACUAACGAGUGGUUCUUCGUGGCCCCGAUGAACACGAGGCGGAGCAGCGUGGGUGUGGGUGUGGUGGAGGGGAAGCUGUAUGCCGUCGGGGGCUAUGAUGGGGCCUCACGCCAGUGCCUCAGCACCGUGGAGCAGUACAACCCGGCCACUAACGAGUGGACCUACGUGGCUGACAUGAGCACCCGGCGCAGCGGGGCAGGGGUCGGAGUGCUCAGCGGACAGCUGUAUGCCACCGGCGGGCACGAUGGGCCCUUGGUGAGGAAGAGUGUUGAGGUGUACGAUCCUGGGACAAACACCUGGAAGCAGGUGGCCGACAUGAACAUGUGUCGACGCAAUGCAGGGGUGUGCGCAGUGAAUGGGCUCCUGUACGUGGUCGGAGGGGACGACGGCUCCUGCAACCUGGCCUCGGUGGAGUACUACAACCCGGUCACUGACAAGUGGACGCUGCUGCCCACCAACAUGAGCACGGGGCGGAGCUAUGCAGGUGUUGCUGUAAUUCACAAGUCCUUGUGACCCAAACUCCCACUGCCAGAAAUGGAGGAGAGAGAGAGAAAGAGAGACUUGGAGCACCAGGACCAGGCCGACUGGAAGGGACUCAUUGCCAGAGGCCGAGGCGGUAGCAGAGCACCGCCUUUCUUCAGCUUGGCAGACUGGUGCGGCUCACAGUGUGGAUUCUGAUGACCCCACUCCGACUCCCCCGAGGUGCUUCAAUCUCCAUCCUGAACAGAUUUCUACAGAUUAUUGUCAUCAUCUAUAAUCUAUAGGUUAUAGAUUCUAUAAACCCCAGCAGCACCUUUGGGUGUUUCUACAGGGAAAAAAAGAGAGAGAGAGAGAGAGAUGUGUGUGUGUGAGUGUGUGUGAGCGUGUGUGAGAGCUAGGAGUGGGAAAUGUGUGCCAGUCUACUGGAUUUCUUUACUACUGAUCUUUCCGCCAUGCUACAAAUCAAAUUGUAAUGACCUCCUUGCCUCGGGGCCGUCCCGUGAAACUGCAGCC